AUGUGUAAACACAUUCUCAAUGCCCAAGUUGCUGUUCGAUCGCCAUGUUGCAGAAAAUGGUUUGACUGCGUCGAGUGCCAUGGUGAACAGGAGAGCCACCCUUUGAAAGAAAGCUACGAGAUGAUCUUUGCCUGCAAGAAGUGCAGAAAAUGCUUCCGAAAGGACGUUACAGAGUUCGAGGAGGCCGACGAGUUCUGCCCUCACUGUGACAAUCACUUUGUUAUCGAUGCGAAAACACCCCAGGCGGCUUUGUCAGUUGAGAGCGAAGACGUGCGAAUGGACAACAAAAUGCUCAGGGACGACAGACAAAAGACCAAGACCAAGGGCAUCAGGUCCAUCUUUGACCCGUCAGAUGAUGCCGACAAGCUAGGAUAA